AUGUCGACUGCCGGUCCUCCUCCUCCGGCUACUCGCCGUACCGUCGACUUGCCAGCGGAGAUCAAGGCUUUGAUUAUCGAGCAUUGUCACGCCCUUGAGGAGCGAUGGAGGGAGCGCGCUCGCUAUCUCCACACUUACAUCUCAACCCAAGACCACCUCAACGAGAUGAGACCAGGCAAAAGCGACCUCGCCGAGUACCUCGACAAAGUCGCUUCGCGACCAUCUCUCAUCGGUUCGCUCUACCGCCUUUCGCGCUCAUGGUCGUCAGCGGCUGCUCCAGAACGAUUCUCGAGCCUCCUCGUUUCGCAAACUGGCUCCUUCAUUUUUCAACAACACAUCCUCCCGCGCUGCGCCCACCACUUCCGCGUAGUCAGAUUCGACGCGCUGGGGACGAACCGUGCCAGGUUCAACGCCUUCCUCCUUCUCCUCCCUCAGCUUCCGAAUGUCGACGCAGCCCUCUUAACCCGAAGUGGUUUUGAGGAACACCUGUCCGAGACCAACACCUUCGACCGUCUGACAUGGGCGUCGCUUGAGGACCCGCUCAGCGUUCUCGCACGGUUUCUCGGCCGUCUCAUCAAGCUGGACGUCAGCUUCGGUGAUUGGACCCACAUCAACCGAGUCGUCCAAGCAGCUUCCUCGCUACAGAUCCUCUAUCUACACGACCACCCUGAAGAUCUAGACAGCAACGUCCUGGUCGACAUUCUGCAACACCUGCCGAAUCUCCGCGAGCUCGCCAUGGAAACUGUCGACAGCGAGGCGCUCAAUGACGCGAUCGGCCGUCUGCAAGGCCAAAAACUUCCGCCACUGGCGGACUUCAGCGUUUUUGUCGGCUGGGACAUCGCAGUCGUCCUGCGCUUCGCCCAUCUGUUCCGCAACACCCUCACUCACCUCACUCUCGCCAUCACACCCAACUCGGGUGGUGCUCGCGACCCAAUCAACACGACCUUCCCUCACCUCCAUACGCUGCGGUUUUACGGCGAGGCGGGCACUUCGGACGACUUCUUCCUCGGUUUGUCGGCGCAGCACCUGCCCGUCCUUUCGCACCUCAUCGUUCUCGGUCGCGACCUGGCCAUCCAAGGAGUCGACGACGUCCUCGACUUUUGUGACGCCUUCAAGCGUGCCGGUCGACCCCUUCGCGAGAUCCAGAUCGUGGACCCGCAAUCCUUCCUCUCCGUCGCCGAUCUCGAGCGCAUCCAUGGAGAGCUCGACCACCCCAACACCAAGAUCACGACGGCGCCUUGCGACAACUUCCUCGAGCGGCUGUACCUUCGCCCUCCUAAAGAAGCGGAGCUUGUUUGGCCGAUCGACCCCCACCCGAUCCGACUCGCUGUCGAGCAGACGGUCGGCUUCAUCAACGACUGGCUCGCGCAGGCGAGAAACAUGGAGGACAUCGGCGCGUAUGCGAGGCUUGCGGUGGUGUUGCAGCGGGCGGAGGUGGAGCGGGUCGUGAUGGCACCGUGA